AUGAAGGAAAUAUGCACGGGGCCGUUUACAAGGGCGUUUUUUGCAGAGUUCCUGGGAACUCUGGUUUUUGUGUUUUUUGGCUUAUGCUCUGCAAUGCUGUGUUCUUUAGAACCUCAAAGUGUCCUGCCGAUUUCCUUAACUUUUGGGCUGGGUGUAGGCACCGUUGUACAAGCAUUCGGGCACAUCAGCGAUGCCCACUUUAAUCCAGCUGUAACCGUUGCGUUCCUGGUUGCUUCUCAAAUAUCUCUCUUCCGCACUAUCUGCUACAUUUGCGCCCAGCUUUUAGGAGCUGCAGUAGGUGCUGCCCUACUGCAUGAGUUCACGCCUAAAAGUAUUCAUGGAAGUUUUGGUGUCAAUUUGCCAAAAAACGAUACAACUGAAGGACAAGCUGUCACCGUUGAGAUGAUCCUCACCCUGCAGCUUGUUCUCUGUAUUUUUGCUUCAACUGACAGCCGCAGGUGUGACAACGUUGGCUCUUCAGCUAUUUCCAUUGGCCUGUCUGUUGCAGUGGGGCAUCUGGUUGGGAUUAACUUUACUGGCUGCUCCAUGAAUCCAGCUCGAUCCUUUGGGCCCGCAUUAAUUGCAGGAAACUUUGCCGCACACUGGAUCUUCUGGAUUGGACCUUUUGCAGGAGCCAUCGUAGCAUCUCUCAUCUAUAACUACAUACUCUGUCCCCGGCAGCAGAAAUUUUCAGAAAAAGUAUCCAUCCUUUUGGGAAGAAUGCCAGACAAGAAAGAGGAAGAGUGGGAAGAAAUGCAAGAGCAGCCAAGAAGAAAGUCAAUGGAACUGCAAACCUUGUAACUUGGCUCUCGAAUGAUCAGCAUUUAAUAAGCAUCAUCCACUAUGCAAUUAAAGGGUUUAUAAAAUGAAUUAAUAAAAAUCAGUUUGA